GACGCGCCUUUGCUCCCCGCACUCUGGUCCCCUCCCGUCCACCACAGCACAGCCGGCCGCCGUCUUGCCCAUCUGGACGCUUUGUCGUCUGAUUAUCCUCCUCUGCCCUCGGCGUCGUCGUCGUCGUCUUCUUCUCCUCUCCACUUCCAAGCACUCCACAGCAACUCUACCACUCCCUGCCAAGAAUGAGCGACGUACAGAACGCCGUGCCAGCCGCGGCCACGACACCGCAACAGCAGCCUCAAGGCACCCCCAUCCAGCAAAAUGCCCCAACGCCCGCCUCGGUCGCUGGCGCUGGCUCAGGCGACCAGCUCGUCUGCCAGUGGCAGAACUGCGGCGACCGCCUGCCAUCUGCCGAGCAGCUCUAUGACCACGUUUGUGAGCGUCACGUUGGCCGCAAGAGCACCAACAACCUCAACUUGACGUGCCAGUGGGGCAACUGCCGCACAACAACCGUCAAGCGUGAUCACAUUACCUCUCACAUCCGUGUUCACGUGCCCCUGAAGCCACACAAGUGCGACUUCUGCGGCAAGGCCUUCAAGCGCCCCCAGGAUCUCAAGAAGCACGUCAAGACUCACGCCGACGACUCUGUCCUGCUCCGCUCACCCGAGCCAACCCGAGGCGGCGCCCACGGCGCUCAAGGCUACCCGGGCCAGAACGGUAAACUGGUCGCUGACUUGCAGGCGCUUGCCGCUACAGCGAGUGGAUAUCAAUAUCCCGAUGGUGCACUUGGAGCCAAUGCAGGCUACGGCCAACAACACCCCGGUGCUGCUCCAGCUGGCUUCUAUGGAGGCCCACCCCAGAACUCUGCCUAUGGACCAGUUUACUAUGCAGUCAACCAAUCUCAGCAGCUCAACAACGACUACGAAAUCAGGAAGCGCGCUGCUUAUGACGCUCUCAACGAGUUCUUUGGAGAUGCUAAGCGUCGUGCAAUCGACCCUACCACCUACUACGACGUUGGCCAGCGACUCAUGGGCCUGCAGGGUGUUCAACUCCCAGUUCUCGGCGGCGGCGGCGGUUACCAGGCCGGCAUGGGUGAGUACGGCCAUGGAGGCACCAUGGUUGCUCAGGGACAGCACCCACCCAUGCACCACCCCUACUCUCUGCCACUACCCAACCUCAGGACCAAGAGCGAUCUUUUGAACAUUGAUCAGUUCCUUGAGCAGUUGCAGAGCACCGUCUAUGAGAACCCCAACCACGCUGCUGCAGCUGGUGUUGCUCACCCUGGCCACUACAUCCACACUGGUGCCGGUUACCGCUCCAGCAACUCACCACCUGGCCUCUCUUCUAGCCACUCGCAAUCUUCCCACACCACUGCUAUUGGAUCUACUAGCGUCGAGACGCCUGCCUUGACCCCUGCCUCCAGUGUUCUAUCCUACGGCUCUCAGCACUCGCCUGGCGCCUCGCACUCCAGCGGACUUUCUCCCACAUCAAGGAACUCAAUCAGUAGCAUGUACCCCACUCUUCCAUCUGUCAGCGCCAUGUCAGACAUGUCCGCUGCAGCUCCGUCAUCGGGACUUGCCCCAGCUUUCGACACCGACAACCGUCGACGAUUCUCUGGCAACCUUCUGCAGAAGGCUGCCCCUGAUCGAUCCGAGAGCUCUAUGGAUACCUCAAGUGACGCCGGCUCUCCCAAGGAUCGCCAUGACUCUGAGCACGAUAGCCUUCACCACAACGUUAACCAGCUGGCUCUCCACUCUCCCAAGGUUGACCCUGCUCUUCGCUCGCCAAGCGUUUCUUCAUCGACCACCGAGCAGGGCGACUCAUCUCAACAAUCUUGGGUUGAGAACAUCCGUGUAAUCGAGAGACUCCGUGCUUACCUCAAGGAAAGGCUCGAGGCUCACGACUUCUCCGACGACGACGACGAAGACGUCAAGCACGACGAGGAGCGCCGUAUGACCGACGAUGAUGCUCACAACCUUUACCCAGUCUUGCGCGCUGUGCAAGAAGGACGGGAAUAG